UUCUAACAUGAUCACCUAUGGCGGCUAGCCACGCCUUCGGGACAGUGAAAAACAUUUGAUAUUAUGCCAUUGAAAUAUUUGUACAAGAGGACUAUAUCUGUUACUUACCUGGGACAAAUAUGUACAGCGUAACAUUUGUUAUUACGCUUGUUCUUUUUACUGGAGUGACAGCAACCAUUGCUCAGCAGAGACGCCCACUACGAUGUUAUAUAUGUGUAACUGAUUAUGAAGAUAGUGUUGAAGAACCAGGAUGUUCAAUCACCAGUCCUAAUGUUAUAGUCCGUGGCUGUAAUAUACAACAUGGCUUUGACCGCUGUAUUUCUUAUCGAGCCCGUAAUCCAAGGACGGGUAAUACGGUAUUUAGACGACAUUGCGCAACUCCAGAAAUGUGCGAGUAUCAAUGUUUGUUUUCUCAUCAUACUAACUGUGAAAAACAAUGUUGCAAUGGAGACCUGUGUAACGACUUCAAAUUCGGACGAUAUGUAGGGACAUCAGAGAGACCAAGAGUUACCUCAAAUGUCCCGGUUACUACUCAGAGCCCCAUUACAACCCCUAGAAAAGACCCUACCACGAGCUCGCAAUCUACACGUUAUCCCACAGUGACCCUGACAACAACCAAUCCUCCGGUUACCACUCACAAGCUUUCCAACACCGAAGAACCAUUAAUCGGUGGACCUCCGGAUCCCAUAACAACAUCCAUUCAUGGAUGCCGUGACUUUAGAGAAGAAUGCUCAAGGUUCGCUGGUUAUCCUGGUUACUGUCAGUACACUAGAUAUUUCAUGCUGAUACACUGUCCUUACAGCUGUCGAUUUUGUGUCAAUGGAGGAACAACAAGACUGUCUACGGAUCCGACAACUGCCACAAGGCCUCAGGAAAUAAAGACAACUAGUAAACCCAGGGAUGGAGGUAGCGGACCGCAAGCAGGUUGCUCAGAUGCUCGUCAAGAAUGCGCAUAUUUUGCAAACUUUGAUGGAUAUUGUGAAUAUCACUACGCUUUUAUGUUUACCCAUUGUCCCAGAUCUUGCAAACAUUGCGAUUACGUGCCGUUGCCUGAAUCACCAGCUGAAGCAGCAUACACAACCACCACCUUGCCGCCAUUGACCACAAGUGAAAGGGAAAUAAGAACAUUUGACACUUUUCCAAAAGAGCCGACUCCCUUUGGACCUGGAGGAGAAGAAUAUGAAAAUUAUGGAUGUUUUGACCUCAGAGAAAACUGCACAUUUUACGCAACGAAAUAUGACGAUUACUGUAAUUACAACAAAGAUUUUAUGAAGAUACACUGUCCUUUCUCGUGUGGAUUUUGCGGAACGUCUGUUCCAAACGUACCGUUUCCUCACCCGCCAAUUAUUAGUGAACAUCAAUUCUCAGACGAAGAAUUUCCACCUCCCCCUGGUGAGAAAGACGUUAGAUGGAUAAGCAGCUUUUGUAGCGAGUGUCAUAAUGGCUUUCAAAAAUGCACUCUUGGAUGUAUUCUACUUAUGAAGGAUGGGGUUUACGAACCCACCAGCAAUGACGUGUGUAUAAAGAUAUUAGGAAAACCAAGCAAGAUGUUUCCGUGUUAGUGUAUCAGUCUCUUCGUGAGGCUAGAGGUCGCUCACAUGGAGAGACCUAUGUCGAUUGGAAACUGAAACCUUUAAUCAAUAUAUCAACCUAGGAUUUUACCAUUUUUAAUAUUCAACGAUGAAUGCAGCGAGCAUUGGUCAAACAAGAAUACGAGAGUUUGUUUUAAGAUUUUAUUAACUUCGAUAACUGUCAGUGAAACGAGGGGCAUUAGCAAGUUCGACCUUCAACAGUCAGAUGAUAGGAUCGCUAGGCUGAGGGUUGAAGAUCGAACAUGCUUUCGUUGAUCCGUAUCUCCUCACAUCCUGGUUCAACCAUGGCUUAGGUGAUCGUUGCGUUGUUGAAUUUUUAACACUCACUAUGAUGUAAUCUUAUCAUAAUUUAGUAAAGUUGCCCACAAAAUGAGAGGUUUUCAGUGUUUAAAACGAUCUUAAAGUUGUUCUUUGGAGUAUUCCUGGAUUCCACUAUCAAUUCUCACUAAUGAGAAUUCCCCAAAUCUGGAUAAAUUCCAAGUUUUUUCAAGGUUUCACUCUUUGCCUGACCUAUGACUUCAGAUCUUGCCUUUGUUGUCAGCAACUCCAGUAAAUCUGCUAAAUCACAUACACCAGAGGAAGGAUUG